UGCGAGCACGACAAUACAUGUGUCUCGAAACGACGGAAUUAUGUUAACUUAUCAUGCAAUCGAUCAUGCCGCGGUUUCUAGAAACAUGUAACAUUCGCUCCAGAAAAAUCGAAGAGAGAAAAAAGAUCGCAGAACAAUGGCGUGCGUUUAGUCAGACCGCGCGCAACGUGACAUGAGUGAGGGUAAUGGGAGAAUGAGCUCAGCUCGUGGCUCCAGACUUGUCAAUGUAACGGUUCUAUAUCCGUGGUGUUGAAUCGCGUGGAGAAUCGAAUCCGAGUGUCGCUCGAAUUUUGUCGGGUACGCUACCCUAGCCUAAAUCGAAUUGGUCUAAUCGCGUGGAUAUUUUCGACCCCGGAACGUGGUGAUCUGUGGUGAUCGCGAUCGAGCUGGUCAAGGCGUAAUUCACGUGGAAGAUGAGUUACUACGGCGAUGGGAGCUCGGCUCCGCUCGAUGACAUCUUCGUUAAGGCGGCCGUUGAAGUCAAACGGUUCCUCCCGUCGCUUUUCAACAUCAAAGUGCUAGGAGAGAGAGGUUCUGGAUUUAGGCCACAAGGAUCUGUACAAGACUUCAAUACUCUCAGGCGAGAAUGUUUGGCUACUGGCUCGCUUUUCGAAGACCCCGAAUUUCCGCCAGUAGACUCGUCCUUGUAUUUUUCGAGAAAACCUGACAGAUACAUAGAAUGGAGAAGGCCUAUGGAAAUCACAAACAAUCCUCAACUGUUCGUGGAGGGUUUCUCCAGAUUCGACGUGCAGCAAGGUGAAUUAGGAGACUGUUGGCUAAUCGCCGCCGUUGCGAACCUUACCAUGGAUCCGAACUUAUUUUUCCAAGUGGUACCGGAAGAUCAGAGCUUUGAGGAAAACUAUGCUGGUAUUUUCCACUUCAGGUUCUGGCAAUAUGGUAGAUGGGUGGAUGUAGUGGUCGACGAUAGGUUGCCGACUCACAACGGUGAAUUAAUGUAUCUACGUUCUGCUGAGAGCAACGAGUUCUGGAGCGCUCUUUUGGAAAAAGCUUACGCAAAGCUCCAUGGCUCGUACGAAGCAUUAAAAGGUGGAACCACUUGCGAGGCAAUGGAGGAUUUUACGGGCGGUGUCACCGAGAUGUACCAAAUGGACGAGACUCCACCGAAUCUGUUCAGCAUUUUGCUAAAGGCUUACGAAAGGAACUCGUUAUUGGGUUGUUCUAUAGAGCCUGACCCGAAUGUAUUGGAAGCGGAAACGCCUCAAGGACUUAUCAAAGGCCAUGCAUACAGUAUUACGCGAGUCAAGUACGUGGAAAUCCAAACGCCGAAUCAGUUUGGCAAAAUACCUCUGCUUAGGAUUAGAAACCCUUGGGGCAACGAAGCGGAAUGGAACGGUCCCUGGAGCGACCAGUCACCAGAAUGGAGAUUCAUCCCCGACCACGAAAAGGAUGAGUUAGGCUUGACCUUCGACAUGGACGGCGAAUUCUGGAUGUCGUUUCAAGAUUUCACACGAUACUUCACGCAAUUAGAAAUAUGUAACUUGAAUCCUGAUUCAUUAACCGAGAAUGAGUUAAACGCUGGUAAGAAGAAAUGGGAAAUGAGUGUGUUUGAAGGAGAAUGGGUACGAGGUGUCACAGCUGGAGGUUGCAGAAACUUUUUAGAAACAUUCUGGCAUAAUCCACAAUAUCGAAUUACGUUAGAAUAUCCGGAUGAAGACGACGAUAAAUGUACGGUUAUCGUUGCGUUAAUGCAAAAGAACAGACGAGCACAAAGGAGAAUGGGCGCUGAUUGUCUUACUAUCGGAUUCGCAAUAUACCAUUUGGAGUAUCCUGAACGACUGCCCAAACCACUGGACAUCAACUUUUUCAAAUACAACGCGUCAGUGGCCAGAUCGCCAUCAUUUAUAAACUUGCGAGAAGUUACAUGCCGUUUCAAAUUGCCGCCCGGUGUGUAUUGUAUAGUUCCGAGUACAUUCGAUCCUAACGAGGAAGGUGAAUUCUUGCUUAGAAUCUUCUCUGAAAAUAAGAAUAACAUGGAAGAGAAUGAUGAUGAAGUCGGUAUUGGAGAAAUUGAUGAUAGGGUGAUUAACCCUAAUAAGGAUAACGAAGAUGGUGGCAAAGUACGAAAUGAUCCAGAUUCGGACCGAAAUUCUGAUAAAGUUCGAGAAUUCUUCAAGAAACUCGCUGGUGAUGAUUUAGAGGUAGACUGGACGGAACUCAAAGAAAUCUUAGAUUUUGCAAUGCGAAAAGAACUACCACAAUCGACGGGUCAUAGUGAGACUCAUGCCACAGAAACUGUACAAGGAAAUGGUUCUUUUAUCGACACACUCAUCUCACUGCUGUGCGGCCUUUUUUGUAAUAAUGAACAGUACAAUAAGCCCGUAGAGACACAUGAUAAGGGAUUCAGUAAAGAUGUGUGCCGCAGCAUGGUUGCCAUGCUGGAUGCCGACCACUCUGGAAAACUUGGUUUCGAAGAAUUUAAAACUCUAUGGAACGAUAUAAGGAAGUGGAGGGCGGUGUUCAAAUUGUACGACAAAGAUGAGUCAGGAUACUUGAGUGCAUUCGAAUUGCGGCAAGCUUUGAACAGUGCUGGCUAUCGACUUAACAAUCACAUUUUAAAUAUUUUGGUCCAUCGUUAUGGAACCAAAGAUGGGAUGAUUACAUUUGAUGAUUACAUAAUGUGUGCAGUCCGACUCAAAACAAUGAUAGACAUUUUUAGAGAACGAGAUCCUGAUACGACUAACACAGCGACGUUUUCAAUGGAGGAGUGGAUAGAGAAAACAUUAUAUUCAUAAAUUGAUUCAUGUGAAAUACGUUUAUCGAAAAGAAAUACGUCCAUUUCUUUUUCACUGUCUUCUCUACAUUAAAAAAUAAGCUGCGUUCGCUACUAUUAAUUUAUUCAAAAACCAUUCGUUUGUAUAUACGAUGUUCAACAUUCUAUUAUAUUUUAUUUGACGACACAA